GAAACAGAAGCUCCGAGGACCUCCACACGGCGGGCGGAAGACAGGCGCUCUAGCAUCGAAUGUAGCCCUGAGCCGGAACUCGGGAACUCUAUGACCAACUGGGACUUCCGCUUCCGCCCCCCUGACUGCGAGGCGACGGAUGACGUCAGGCGACGAGAUUCUCUUACGCCAAAGCUUCCGGCCUACCAUCUUUGUCCCUGGCAAAUUGGGUUUUGCGCAGUGGCUUAGAUCUAGAGAGAAUCGUGACGGGCAGGAAACCAUUACACCACCACCCCGGCUGUGCUCUCCGACUGCCGCCGCCACCCCGCCCUUGCCUCCGGUUUGCGCUAAAGAUCCAGAAUCAUGACUGACUCCAAGUACUUCACAACCAAUAAGAAGGGAGAAAUUUUUGAGUUAAAAGCUGAACUCAACAAUGAAAAGAAAGAAAAGAGGAAGGAGGCUGUGAAGAAAGUGAUUGCUGCUAUGACCGUGGGGAAGGAUGUGAGCUCUCUCUUCCCAGAUGUGGUGAACUGUAUGCAGACUGACAACUUGGAACUAAAGAAGCUCGUGUACCUCUAUCUGAUGAACUAUGCCAAGAGUCAGCCAGACAUGGCCAUCAUGGCUGUCAACAGCUUUGUGAAGGAUUGUGAAGACCCCAAUCCUUUGAUUCGAGCCUUGGCAGUUAGAACCAUGGGAUGCAUCCGGGUAGACAAGAUUACAGAGUAUCUCUGUGAACCCCUCCGCAAGUGCUUAAAGGAUGAAGAUCCCUACGUUCGGAAAACGGCAGCAGUAUGCGUGGCAAAACUCCAUGAUAUCAAUGCCCAGAUGGUGGAAGAUCAGGGAUUUCUGGAUUCUCUGCGCGAUCUCAUAGCAGAUUCAAACCCAAUGGUGGUGGCUAAUGCUGUAGCAGCAUUGUCUGAGAUCAGUGAGUCUCACCCAAACAGCAACUUACUCGACCUCAACCCUCAGAAUAUCAAUAAGCUGCUCACAGCCCUAAAUGAAUGCACUGAAUGGGGCCAGAUUUUCAUCCUGGACUGCCUGUCUAAUUACAACCCUAAAGAUGACCGGGAAGCUCAGAGCAUCUGUGAGCGAGUAACGCCUCGGCUAUCCCAUGCCAACUCAGCAGUGGUGCUCUCAGCGUUUGUGAAGUACAAUGAUCCUAUCUAUGUUAAACUAGAGAAGCUAGACAUCAUGAUUCGUCUUGCAUCCCAAGCCAACAUUGCUCAGGUUCUGGCAGAGCUGAAAGAAUAUGCCACUGAGGUUGAUGUGGACUUUGUUCGCAAGGCUGUGAGGGCCAUUGGGCGGUGUGCUAUCAAAGUGGAGCAAUCAGCAGAACGCUGUGUAAGCACACUGCUAGAUCUAAUCCAGACCAAAGUAAAUUAUGUGGUCCAAGAGGCAAUUGUUGUCAUCAGGGACAUCUUCCGAAAAUACCCCAACAAGUAUGAAAGUAUUAUUGCCACGCUCUGUGAAAACUUGGACUCCCUGGAUGAACCUGAUGCCCGAGCAGCUAUGAUUUGGAUUGUAGGAGAAUAUGCUGAGAGAAUUGAUAACGCUGAUGAAUUACUAGAGAGCUUCCUGGAGGGUUUUCAUGAUGAAAGCACCCAGGUGCAGCUCACGCUGCUUACCGCCAUAGUGAAGCUGUUUCUCAAGAAGCCAUCAGAAACCCAGGAGCUGGUCCAACAGGUCUUGAGCUUGGCCACACAGGAUUCUGAUAAUCCUGACCUUCGAGAUCGGGGUUAUAUAUAUUGGCGCCUUCUUUCAACUGACCCUGUGACAGCCAAAGAAGUAGUGUUGUCUGAGAAGCCAUUGAUCUCUGAGGAGACAGACCUCAUUGAGCCUACCCUCCUGGAUGAGCUCAUCUGCCACAUUGGUUCUUUGGCCUCUGUGUACCAUAAACCUCCAAAUGCUUUUGUGGAAGGGAGUCAUGGGAUUCAUCGCAAACACUUGCCAAUUCAUCAUGGGAGCACUGAUGCAGGUGAUAGCCCUGUUGGUACCACCACUGCAACCAACCUGGAGCAGCCUCAGGUCAUCCCCUCUCAAGGUGAUCUUCUAGGGGAUCUUUUAAAUCUUGACCUGGGUCCCCCAGUCAAUGUCCCACAAGUGUCCUCCAUGCAGAUGGGAGCAGUGGAUCUUCUUGGAGGAGGACUGGAUAGCCUGCUUGGCAGUGACCUUGGCGGGGGCAUUGGAGGAAGUCCGGCAGUAGGACAGUCCUUCAUCCCAUCAUCAGUGCCUGCAACCUUCGCUCCUUCACCUACUCCUGCUGUGGUCAGCAGUGGUCUGAAUGACCUGUUUGAGCUUUCCACUGGGAUAGGCAUGGCACCUGGUGGAUAUGUGGCACCUAAGGCGGUCUGGCUACCUGCGGUAAAGGCUAAAGGCUUGGAGAUUUCGGGGACGUUUACUCACCGCCAAGGGCACAUCUAUAUGGAAAUGAACUUCACCAACAAAGCUCUGCAGCAUAUGACAGACUUUGCCAUCCAGUUUAACAAGAAUAGCUUCGGCGUUAUCCCAAGCACUGCCUUGGCCAUACAUACUCCACUGAUGCCCAACCAGAGCAUCGAUGUCUCUCUGCCUCUCAAUACCCUGGGCCCAGUCAUGAAGAUGGAACCUCUGAAUAACUUGCAGGUGGCUGUUAAAAACAAUAUUGAUGUCUUCUACUUCAGUUGCCUCAUCCCACUCAAUGUGCUUUUUGUAGAAGAUGGCAAAAUGGAACGCCAGGUCUUCCUUGCAAUGUGGAAGGAUAUUCCCAAUGAAAAUGAACUCCAGUUUCAGAUUAAGGAAUGUCAUUUAAAUGCUGACACAGUUUCCAGCAAGUUGCAAAACAACAAUGUUUACACUAUCGCCAAGAGGAAUGUGGAAGGGCAGGACAUGCUGUACCAGUCCCUGAAGCUUACGAAUGGCAUUUGGAUUUUGGCAGAGCUGCGGAUCCAGCCAGGAAACCCCAAUUAUACGCUGUCGCUGAAGUGUAGAGCCCCUGAAGUCUCUCAGUACAUCUAUCAGGUCUACGACAGCAUUUUGAAAAACUAAUAAAUGGGUUCUGUCAGCCUGUAAUUGGUGCAAGCCAAGAACUCUUAACUGGAA